AUGUUCCAUCACACUGGCAAUGCGAAAAACCCGAAGACAUUCUGGAAGCCUGUCACAUUGAAGAAGACGGUCGGCCUGCAGGAUUGGAGCAACCUGACCGUGGGGUUCAAUAUCAACGGUCUGGUAAAUCUUCUCUCACUGCCUCGCCAGCUACGUGCCCAAAAUGCCUUCACCUCCAAGAAUAUUAUUAUUCUGGAAAGCGAUAUGGUGGCAAGCCCUAGGGUGGAGCGAAGCUACAAUGACGGCACAGACUUUGACUGGGCCAAGGUUGCUGGAGCCAACUUUGGCCUGAGUAUCCAAUGGAAGCCUGCCCCACAAAAGCAGGACUGGCUAGAGAACUUCUUAAAGAACUCCUUGACUAUCGCUGUUGGCUUUAUUCCUGGUGUUGGGCCCAUUGCGGCUAUUGCGUUCCCGUUGAUCUGGACGGCUAUUGCUGAUCCGGACUCUUUCGUCGAUACCUGGAGGAACCUCUGUCCCGGAGUGGAUCUGCAGCUGAAGCUCCUGGAGGCUAUCAAAGAUAGUGCUAAGGAGACUCGGGAAUACCUUCCAGACGGAUGGGAGAAGACAGCUCUCGGUCCAAAAUUUCUUUCCGGUCCUCAUGCCACUGGCAUGAGGGUGGCAGCUUUGGUCUCGGACACCGGCAGCAAACAGGAUGAUCUGGGAUCGGAGGCUCUUAUUAUCAACGAACUAAAAGCCUUGGUGGGCGAGUCUGCCGAUGGGCUUGGUCAGGCCCUCGACCCUGGGAGACCGGAAGACCAAAUUGUCAUCCUGGAGGCUGAUACGGAGGCUGUUGGAGAUGGCGACGUCAAAGACGAUGAUCACCGCCUUGAAGACCAGGUCGACGCAGAGGUCGUUCCUGACAAAGUGACCCUGGAUGAGGUCGGCCCUGACAUGAGCUUUAAACUGGCUGAGCAAGCCCUAAAGGACACUGCAAGGUCAGAGGAUGAAAGUGAGUGGAAGAAGCUGGUGGAUAACGCGGUAGAGACAGCCAAGGAUAUAGCUUCGAAGCUGCCAACUAUCCCUGGAAUAGGGCACAAGGAUGAAAGCUCCAGUAAUGACAGUCAGAAUGACCCUGCUGAGGAUCCCACCGCGAGCGAUGGUCCCGUGAAUGAUUUCAAUUGGAUGGAUGACUACUUCAAAGCCCUCUUUUCAGGCACUCUUCCGCUCGAAGGACAGGCGUGA